GCAAACACGAAUCGGCUGUCUCUUUCGCACAACUUGUCGUUUUGCUACAAAAGUGAUUUGGUGAACUCAAUUUUUCAAGAGUAGUUGUUCGGAACGCGAGUCUUUCGGUAGUGCUGAUUGUGUUGUGUUAUAACAAAAGUGUCUAUCUGUGUUAAAUAUUUGUAAGUGAAUUACAUAGAAAAAGCAAGAAGAUGCCACCUGUAGAUGGAGUAUUUGACUAUGACCUUGCGGUCAUUGGUGGUGGGUCCGGCGGGCUCGCGUGUGCGAAAGAGGCUGUGAACCAAGGUGCACGCGUUGUGGUGUUGGACUAUGUCACACCUUCGCCUCAAGGCACAAAAUGGGGACUUGGUGGUACAUGUGUCAAUGUGGGAUGUAUACCCAAGAAAUUAAUGCACCAAGCAGCACUGCUCGGGGAGAGCAUCCACGAAGCCGUUUCUUAUGGCUGGCAAGUGCCUUCGUUGGACUCCGUGAAGAUAGACUGGUCGGCGCUGACACAGUCGGUACAGAACCACAUUAAGUCAGUCAACUGGGUCACCAGGGUCGAUCUCAGAGAUAAGAAGAUAGAAUACGUAAAUGGCUUGGGAGAGUUCAAAGACGCACAUACAGUUGUGGCGACUUUGAAGAAUGGCUCUAAAAAGGAGCUGACAGCUAAAAAUAUAGUUAUAGCAGUGGGCGGCAGACCCCACUACCCUGAUAUUCCUGGUGCAGUGGAGCACUGCAUCAGUAGUGACGAUAUCUUCAGUUUAAGUCAUCCACCAGGGAAAACGCUGGUCGUGGGUGCUGGAUAUAUCGGAUUAGAAUGCGCUGGAUUCCUCAACUCUCUCGGGUUCCCGGCGACGGUACUCAUCCGGUCGGUGCCCCUCCGUGGCUUCGACCAGCAGAUGGCGAACAUCGUCACCAACGAGAUGGAGGAGAAGGGCAUCAAGCUGCACCACAAGUGCGUCCCGCUGUCGGUGGAGAAACUGGAGUCUGGACAGUUGAAGGCGCGUUGGUCGAACACCGAGACCAAGGAGGAAUUUGAGGACGUGUUCGACACCGUACUCAUAGCCACGGGCCGUUACGCGCUCACUAAACAAUUGAAUCUGCCAGCGGCCGGUAUCAAUACGCUAUCCGGAAGCGGCAAAAUCGUUGCAACGACGGAACAAACCAAUGUACCUCAUAUUUACGCGGUCGGUGACGUGCUGGAAGGACGGCCGGAGCUCACCCCGGUAGCUAUACACGCGGGCCGACUGCUGGCGAAGCGGAUAUUCGCCGGCGCCACCCAACAGAUGGACUACGACAACGUGGCGACCACAGUCUUCACCCCAUUGGAGUACGGAUGCGUGGGACUGAGUGAAGAGACUGCCACCCAGAGACACGGCGCUGAUAAGAUCGAGGUGUAUCACGCGUACUACAAGCCCACAGAGUUCUUCAUCCCGCAGCGGAACAUCCGCAACUGCUACCUGAAGGCGGUGGCGCUCCGUGACGCGCCGCAGCGUAUCCUCGGGCUGCACUUCGUGGGCCCGGCCGCCGGGGAAGUCAUCCAGGGCUUCGCUGCCGCCAUCAAGUGUAACAUUACAAUGGAGCAGUUAAUGAACACAGUGGGCAUCCACCCGACCGUCGCGGAGGAGUUCACGCGACUCAACAUCACCAAGCGCUCCGGAAAGGACCCCAACCCCGCCUCUUGCUGCAGUUAAAUUACAAUCAGUGACAGAUGCGUUUCACUAAUAUCGACGUUUGGAUUAAAAAAAUAAAUUUUUAAUUGGCAACACUGUUCAAUUAAAAUUUAAAAAUAGAAUCCUAAAGUUUCAUUUUAUUUUUAAUCCAAAGGUAUCCGAAAGGACUCGUGAAACGCAGUACUACGCCUUGUUAGUAUACAACACUCGUUUCAUGCAAUAAGGAUGGACGUACAGAUGAAGGAGCAACACAAACUCUAUUGCAUUUCUAUGUCUCAAUAUUAGGUUUAUAUAUCUUUUACAGUACUUAUAUUACCAUUUUGACGGCAUUGUUUUUCGUACAACCGCAUUUACACCGUAAUGUUAUUCUUCCUAAUUGCGCCAAUAAAACAUACAUAAUUAUAUUAUUUAUUUAAAUUUGUAUCCAUAAUGAUUUAAAUUAAUGCUUCUUAUAAGACCGUUUAUAUUUAUUAAAUUUGUCGUAGGUGGAUUAUGUAAGUAAAUAAACACUUAAACGUCAGUCGGUGUGAAUGUAGGCUGCAUUUUAAAUUCAGUUAACAGAAUGUUUGGUUCAGCUUUGAAAUUAAAUUAUGGGCUGAUUUUCAUAGUAGAUUCUAUGCAUGCCUCCUCUACUUUAAAAUAUUACAUCUAGUGUUUAUGACACUUAAUAGCGAUUUUUUAAAUCUGUUUAUAUCUUAUGGCUGUGAGCCUGUGUCUAUGGUGCUUUAUAUUUAACGUAAAGUACAUACAUCUCAUAAGACUGCCGAUUCUCAAAUCUGGCGUGGGCUCAACAAACAAAACUACAAACAAAUGUAAGUAAAAUACUCAUGCUUGCAUGAAACUUGUGUAUGUCUAAUGAUAAUUUUAAUGGAACGACCACAAAAGACGCUUGAUAUUGUGGAAUUACUCAAAAUUAUAAUGUGUUGUCUAUUUAAAAAGGAUAUAUCUUAAAAUGUUAGUAAAUUGGGGAUUUUUAAUAAUUGUUCAACAUUACUGUAUGCAAGGAACAUUGUUAAAUCAUUUGCUAGUAAAAGUUUUAAUUAGUUGCUUUACAACAUUCAUCGAAAUAGUAGUUAUUUAUAUAGCAACACCUUAAUAUGCACAGGAGUUGGUUUCAUGGAUGAACCUCAGAUUUCAAAAGAAGUAGCACAAAACUAACAGAUUGUAAAAAAAAAGCAAAUAUACUGUAAUACUCUACUCUAUUUUUAUUGCAAUUAUUACAAUUAUCAUUUAAACUGUUUUGUCACUUAUUAGUAGUAGUUUAAAGACGUUAUUGUACUCACACGUCGUAAAACACCAAGCCAGCGAAUAUGGAGGCUCUACUGUAUGCAAUUAUUCAAAAGUAAAAUAUAUAUAUUGAUAUGUUGUCUGGAUAGAUAUUUUAUAAAUAAAAUUAUGUACAUAAUGAUAUUUAUAUAUUGUUAAAUAACCUAAGCAACCAGUUUUGGUGCAGUAUUAUUGUAUAAUGUUGAUUCAAGUUAUAGUUAACACAAUGUUUCCAACACAAUUAGACAACAUUCCGGGCACACUGAACAAACUAACAACUUCAAUUUGUCAUUGUUUUACUUAUGUGAUUUUUAAACAUUAAUAAAAGUGAUAUAUUUUUUAUGAUUGUUUCAAUCACUGAGCAUGUAAUCACUACGUUUUAGUAUGUAAUCUUAUCUGUGGUUUUAGUUUCAUUUUAAACAAAGAAAUUUGAAAAAAGUUUAGUUAAAAAAUAUAAAUAAAAAGAAACAGCUAGAAUAACAGGCCAAGCUGUCAGUUUUUUUGAUUGCAGCUGCAAUUUUUGUACAAGGUUUUUAAUGAACAUUUCAUGUCAAUGAAAAUUUUGUCUAAUGGUUCGAUUGGACAAUCUAACGACGCUAGUUGUACAAACUUCUGACACAGUAUCGUCGAAAUCGCUGUACUCUACGUCCACUCGUUAUCACAGCUGAUGUCGCCUAGUCGAAUUUUUCGGUUGAAGGGAGAUGUAGCAGUGGUAUAAGAGUCAUGAAAUAUUAGUCCUGCAGAAUGAAAAUGCAUGAACGCUAUAGCUGGCGCCAUAUGAAUGGAAUGGAAAAUUCUUUAUUCAAAUAAAUUUCAUUUUAAACACUUUUGAAUAUUCAUACUUAUUGUUUUAAUCUAUGAUAGCAGGAUAACCGUGGUGCU